AUGGAGAUGAUUUUACAAGAUUAUGCCAAGUUGGACUCAGACACGAUUGCAAAUGCUAUCAGGCUGCUAGUUGAAGCAGAUCCAUUAAUAAAGAUGAAAUCUAUUAUUGCAGAAGUUCAAUCUAGGUUCAACUAUAUUGUUCGUUACCGCAAGACUCUACCAGUGUGGUUGAAAGUAAUGUGUGCCAAGUUGCCAAUAUCUCAUGUUCAAAUAAAAGCUUUGCCUGUUUAUUAUGAGAGUGAGGAGGUAAAUGGUGUAAAAGUUCUCUAUCAGAUAUUUUGGAGCUUCUAUCCGUAUAUUACAGCAUUUAGACACUGCAAGCCAUUGGUGUAG